ACCCGGAUGUUGCUUGUGUUCCUCUUAGAUGGCGGUCCGGGCUGCAUAAAACGAGCCUGGACGGCUUUUAGGUCUUCACUGUAAAGGUGUGAACAUCUGCUGAGUCAUGGCCCACAUCACUAUUAACCAGUACCUGCAGCAGAUCUACGAGGCCAUCGACAACCACGAGGGCUCCUUCUGUGCGGAGCUGCUCUCCUUCAAACACCCCCAUGUGGCCAACCCUCGCCUUCAGCUGGCCAAUCCCGAAGAUAAAUGUCAGCAAAUCCUGGAGCCUCCGUAUGAUGAAAUGGUGGCAGCUCACCUCAGAUGCACAUAUGCGGUGGCCAACCACGACUUUGUUGAAGCCUACAAGUUCCAGACGCUGGUCGUUCAGUCCUUCCUCAGGGCCUUCCAGUCCCACAAAGAGGAGAACUGGGCGCUGCCCAUCAUGUCCGCCGUCACGCUGGACCUACGCAUUUUUGCAAACAAUGCAGAGCAGCAGCUGCAGAAGAAGGGCAAAGGUCACCCAGGGGAGAUGUUGGAGAAGGCCGCCGAGCAGCUGAUGAGCUGCUUCCGAGUCUGCGCCAGCGACAACCGAGCGGGAAUCGACGACUCAAAGAAGUGGGGGAUGAUGUUUCUGAGCAACCAGCUCUUCAAGAUCUACUUUAAGAUCAACAAGCUGCACCUCUGCAAGCCCCUGAUCCGAGCCAUCGACAGCUCCAACCUGAAGAACGACUACAGUCAGGCUCAGAAGGUCACCUACAAAUACUACGUUGGACGCAAGGCCAUGUUCGACAGUGACUUCAAGCCGGCCGAGGAGUUCCUGUCCUUCGCCUUCCACCAUUGCCAUCGCUCCAGCCAGAAGAAUAAGAGGAUGAUCCUAAUCUACCUCCUGCCUGUCAAGAUGCUGCUGGGUCACAUGCCGACGCAUCAGCUUCUUCGGAAGUACGACCUCAUGCAGUUUUCUGAUGUCACCAAAGCUGUGAGCGAGGGAAACCUCCUCCUGCUGAACGAGGCUCUAUCCAAACACGAGACCUUCUUCAUUCGCUGCGGGAUCUUCCUCAUCCUGGAAAAGCUGAAAAUCAUCACCUACAGGAAUCUCUUUAAAAAAGUGUAUCUCCUGCUUAAGACCCACCAGCUGCCCCUGGACGCCUUCCUGGUGUCACUGAAGAUGAUGCAGGUGGAGGACGUGGACCUAGAUGAGGUGCAGUGCAUCCUGGCUAACCUCAUUUACAUGGGUCACAUUAAAGGCUACAUCUCCCAUCAGCACCAGAAGCUGGUGGUCAGCAAACAAAACCCGUUCCCUCCCCUGUCCUGUCUCUCAUAAACUCCAUUUCCCACAUUGCAGUUGGGCAAAAGCUUCUUCUUUGUUUUGUAUUGGUGGAAUAAAGAAAUUGUUUUUCUAACGUC